AUGGUUUCUUUGGGGACACGGUCCAGCCUAUUGGAACCAUCAUGCUAUCGACUUCUUGGUGGUGAAGGCUUCUUCGUCAUACAACGCCAUAAUUGGCAAACCCACCCUCAACAGCCUAAGCGUGGUAACAUCGACCUAUCACUUGAAGGUGAAAUUCCUGACCUCUUAGGGGGUGAGAGAAAUUCGAGGAAAACAGUGCAAGAUGUAUGGGCUAUCUGUUCUAGGAGACUUCAGAAAGUGAAUGUCAGCUUUAGAUCAUUCAAAGAGGUAGUGGAGCAUGUGUUAUUAACUCUCAAUGAGGAUUAUAUAGAAUUAUUUGCCUGCACAGCCUACCAUGUGUGGAAGAGAAGAAAUGUUCUUGUGUUUGAAGAGAAAUUUGAGAACUCUUCAAGGGUGGCUCAAUCAGCUUUACAAAUGACUAAGGAAUUUAAGGAGGCCAAUGACAGUAAACAAACUGAUGUGGAACCUGUAAGCUCAAUUGGGACAGAAACCUGGAGGCCCCCUCCUAUGAAUGUUUACAAGGCCAAUUGGGAUGCCUCUGUUGAUCGAGUAAGCUGUAGAAUGGGGGUAGGUGUGGUGGUCAGAAACUGGGAAGGGCAUGUAAUAGCAACUUUGAGAUCCUCAAGGAGUUUGUUCCCCGAUGCUAAACUUGCAGAGGCAGUGGCUACUCUCAGGGCAGUCCUUUUUUGCAAACAAUUAGAAAUUUCAAGAUUAUUGAUUAAAAUAGAUGCUCUCAAUGUGGUUAAUGAUCUCAACAAAGAGACAAUGGAUUGGAGCACAGUAGAUCUGAUCAUUCAAGACAUUAAAUCUGAACUCAAGAGUUUGCCUUACUGGUCUAUCCCGUAUAUCUCUAAAAAAUCUAAUUGUAUUGCUCAUUAUUUAGCUAAGGAUGCAUUAAAACUCUAUGAGGAGAGUAUUUCUAUGGAGGGAGUCCCUCUUUGUAUCCAACAUUUGCUAACUUAA